AAAAAGGCCCCGCCUUGCCUGCCUUCCAAUCUCCCCCGGCGUCUUGGAUUGUUGGCCCAACAAGACACCAAAACCAUCCAAUCGCGCGCACUAGGAUCCAAGGAGCUGGCGGCGUCUGCUAAGCUGGAGGAGGAGCCGCGAGUGCUCGGCGCCACCGCCGCCGGCGAGAGCGAGGAGCAGCGCAACAAGUUCCUGGUGCUCCGGCUGUACGAGGCGCUGAACGGGCGCGACCACGCCGGCGUGCAGGCCCUCCUGGCGGCGGACCUCGAGUGGUGGUUCCAUGGCCCGCCCAAGCACCAGCACAUGAUGCGCGUGCUCACCGGCGGCGGAUCAAACAGCAGCAGCAGCUUCCGCUUCGCGCCGCGCUCCGUGGACGCCUUCGGGUCGACCGUCAUCGCCGAGGGCGGCGACCAGGAGCGGGGUGUGUACUGGGUGCACGCCUGGACCGUGGGCGCCGAUGGGGUGAUCACCCAGCUCCGCGAGUACUUCAACACCGACCUCACCGUGACCCGCCUCGCCGCCGCCACCAAGUGCAUCUGGCAGAGCCGACGCCCAGACCGCGCAACCAACUCCCUCCCGGGCCUCGUCCUGGCCCUCUGAUCUGAUUGAUUGAACAAUAAUUGGAUGGGCUGAUCGAGCAAUCGAUUAGUAAGUAAUAGUAGGUGUGUUGGUGGUGUGUGAAAUUACUACUACAGUAGCAAGAUGGCGACGCCGCAUCCUCUGUACUGCUGCUGCUUCUUCCUCCUCCUCAUCAGUAAUCAUAAAAACCAAACUAGUAUUGUGUUGCAUGUAUAUUGGAUUAUCUGUAUAUGUUCAGUUUGCCUUCUUAUUCA